AUGCCUUCAAUCAACAAAUCCAACUUCAGCAUUCGCAUGAAGAAAAUCAUCGGCCGCGCCGAAGAUCAAGAAUACGAGCUCAGCCAACAACUCUCGACCUGCAAAGACGAGAUCUCAGCCUGCAGGCUCAAGAUCGAUCUCGACGCAAUCGUGAAGAUCAAACAAGAUCUCGCAGAUGCCGCACGAGCCGAGUCCGAAGGUAACCCAACAUCGGAACAGCAGGCUGUUCUCGAGAAUGUUGAUCUGGCUCACAAGAUUCAGGACAUGAAGAAGGACCACAUCGAGAUGUUUGGUGUGCGUUCUGCUCCUUCUGCUCUCAAGAAUACAGGGUCGCUGUUCGAGGUCGACGAGAAUUGGGGGUUCGAUCGAUCGGCUGCCCAGCGUAUGGAGCCUUCGGAGGUUGGACCGAGAGAUGAGCUCGUAGAAGCUUCCCAAUUUGUGGCCAACUCUCCGUUUGCUGCAACGUGGGGUUUUCAACCAGAAAUCCAUGGUCUAGAAAUGACAUGUCGUGCUCCUGGACUUGCCAUCUUCCUUGAGUCUGCCCUAUGUAUACUCGUAUGCUUUCAUCCUCUGACCCACUGA